AUUAUGGAGAAACAUUUAGUACAUAUGAUUUUGGAAUUCAAGAAGAAUCGUUUACAGCUCUAAAUUCAACCGUUAGGAAAAUGUGGCGAGAAAAGGGUUAUCGCGUCAACUAUGACCGUGAAUCUUGGACGAACAUUGCUUUUUCCUUACAAACUGGUGAUCUGAAGAUUACAGAUUUAAAUGAUGUCACUGUAGCACAAAUAUUAGACGAUGCUUUCUAUUUUUUGGUGCAAAAUACAGAAUAUAACGACAAUUCUACUUCAGAUAAUAGUGAUCUAAACAUAUAUCUUGAAAUUGCAAGCAGUAUAUUUCGUGGACACAAUUCCUACAUAAUGUGGUAUCCUGUAUAUUUUGCUCUUGAAAACAUGUCGAAGAUUUUUCCUUUUCCAGAAAGUGUUCUUUCCAGAUCUAUCAAGGAUAAACUUUUGGCAACAUUGAAUAGGUUUCUUGAUAAUAAAUCAUAUACACAUUGGUCGGAGAAUAGUGUCAGUAAUCAAUUCUAUCAUGAAGUUUUAAAAUGGACAUGCAUUCUCGGUGGUUCAAUGUGCAAAGAACAUGUUAAUCGAAUGUUAGAGUGGCAUUUUAAUAAUCCUGCGCAAAACAAACUUUUGCCAAGUUGGCAGAAAUGGAUAUAUUGCCAAGGAUUAAUGUUAGAAACUGUCACUUAUGAUAAAUCUGCUUUGUGGCAAAAAAUUUUCAACAUAUACCAGACACAAGGAAAAGAAGAAGAUUUCUUUGAAUUUUUACCUUGCUAUAGAAAUCACGAGAAUUUAUAUACUUUCCUGUCUUUUCUUGAUCGUAAUUCGUUACCAAGACCUGGAAGUAGUUUACNUGCCAAAAACAGUGAUAGUGAUAAUAUUGUACAUGCAAAAAAAAGUGUUACUGUUAGUUUACUUUUCACUAUUUUUGCUUUACAGUCAAAAACUUAUUUAGGGCUAUUUAGUGUACAAUUCGGUCUACAAUUUGGAAUAGGAAGAGACGAGAACAUCCUAGCAAUAAUAAAUUGUAUUAUUAACAACAUAUAUUCCGAUGACGACCUGUCGAUGAUUACUAACGAAGUGUUCUUAAAUAAACUGUCGGAUAUACAUUACGUGGUAAAUGAUCCACGUGUUCUCGAUGCCAUUAAAACCAAAGUUGAAAAACGUCGUAGUUUCCUAAGUGAAAUGCGAACUAUAAUUCGUUUUAGACCCCAGUAUGUUUUUACUUACAAUUAUAUGAAGAAAAUUGUCUUUUUAUGAUGUAUUUUUUUUGCAUGUAAGCAACUGAUUUUUGAUACAAGAGUUUACUAUGUAGUUAUCCACUUUUUUAUCUAUUUUCUGUUUAAAUGAGUUUUAAUUUAUGAUAACAAUCACUGCUG